AUGGCAACCUCGGCGGCGGAGGGGCGGUUCUCAUCGCUCCCCGACGAUCUGCUCCACACGGUCUACGCCAGGCUCGCCGGCCCAGUCGACCGCGUCCGCUUCGCCGCCGUGUGCGCGUCGUGGCGGGCCGUCGUCGCAUCGACGCACCCGCCACGUCUCCCAUGGCUGAUCCUCGACCCGAGCGGCCGCGACAAGGAGAAGCACGUGUACGGCCUCGCGGACGGUGUCGUUCUGCCACGCUUCACGUUCCCCACCGACGCCGUCGGCGGCCGGUUCGUCGGCGGCCACGGCGGUGGCUGGGCUGCCUUCUUGGAUGAUGAACAGUUACGGAUCGUCAACCUUUUCUCCGGUGCCGAGGUGGCGCUCUCUCCGACGCAGAGGACGCGGUGCGCCCGUGACCCGUUUGUUCCGCAAAAGGUAAUAUUCUCCGAGCCGCCCGCCUUAAGCGGCUGCAUCCUCGCCGCCAUCACCGAUAAGUACGGAGUUGCGAUCCGCGGGCUUGCUCGCUCGGAGCGUGCGUGGAGGUCGCGGUUUACUACAAGGGAGGUCAUGGAUAUUGCCUUCUGCAAUGGUGAUCUUUAUUGCAUCAUGUCAUGUACCAAGCAAAUCGUCAAGUUCGAGGUCGGCUUGGACGAAUGCGGCUUUGCGGUGUUCAAAAGUGAUCCCCAAUGUCUGGUUAUACACAACCAGUGGGACAUGGAUCGGCUUUACCUGGGAGCAGAGGGCGAUCCAGACGCGCACGCCAUCUACAUUGUCGAGCUACGUGGCAAGCUUGCGAUGGUGGUGAGGAGGACCGGCGGGCCACGGCUGUGCUCGCGCAACAUCAGCGGUCCCUUUUUCUUAGUUUUCGAGCUGGUUGAUGCCGACAUCAACAGAGCGACUCCACAUUGCUGGUACAAGUGGAAAGAAGUGACGAGCCUGGGCGACCAAGCCUUGUUCUUGGGCCCGACGUGUUCCAAGGCGAUGCACUUAUUAUCGACUUCCGAGUAUGGUGGUCCGCGGAGAAACCACAUCUACUACUCACACCGUCGAUGCUACACACGAAAAGAACGUUUGCCUGACGACACCAAGGAGUUCUUGACGAGCAGCAACAUCGACGGUACCCAUGUGUACUUCAAGGAAGAUGAACGCGUUGACGACGACGUGGAGGGGAUCACGUCGGUAGGGUACUACGUGGUGAGUGGUGCUCAAGCUCAUCCUCCCAUGUGGGUUUUGCCUCCUGAUGUUUAG